AUGUCAAUUCUAUCUUAUUUAGCUCGUCAUUUGCAUCUAACAUCAAAUUAUGAUCCAUCUUUAAUUGUUCGUGAUGUUGCUUAUUUUUCUGGUACAGAUGCUCAUGUUAAUCAUAAAUUAGAUAUAUUUCUUCCUGCUCCAUCUAAAACUUUAUUAUCACCAUCUGAUGAAGAAGAACCACAAAAGAAAAUACCAAUUAUUGUACAUAUACAUGGUGGUGGUUGGGUUCGUGGUAGUCGUAAAAAUGAAUGGCGUGGUGGUCCCGUUGUUGGUCGAACAUGUGCAAAAGAAGGUUUUGUUGGUGUUAUUGCAUCCUAUCGUUUAGCACGUAUGUCUCCUAUUUCAUUUGCGACUUGGGCAUUCAUUUUUGGCUUAAUCAUAUUGAUUACGUCAUUGAUUCUACUUUCAUGGCAACUUAUCACAGGUUAUAUUAUUUUUAUGUCUGCUGCUUAUGCUUAUAAUUUUUUAUAUCAAGUACGAAUACCGGUUAAUCUGGAUCAUAUGGCUGAUGAUUUAUGUCGCGCAUUAGUUUAUAUUCGAGAUCAUAUUCAUGAACAUUGUCCACAAGCUGAUCCUGAUCAAAUAUUUCUAUCUGGUCAUUCUGCCGGUGCACAUUUAGUAAGUUUACUUAUACUUGAUAAGACUCAUUUUGAACGUCACGAAUUUUCAUCAUCAUCCAUUCGUGGUGUUAUAACAAUGAGUGGAAUUUAUUCAUUAUCAAAUCCAACUCAUGAUUCACAACAUAAUGUUCGUAACUUAAUAUUUCGUAUACUUUAUUCAAGUAAUUUACUUUAUCCAGAAGGAAAAACAAUGUGUGAAUAUUCACCCAUUGAAUAUAUAAAAGAAGAUAUUGAAUUACCACCAUUUCUCGUUAUGUCUGCUCGAUUUGAUAUGGGUUUAGAAGUUGAUGCAAGACGUUUUGUUCAAAAACUUCAUCAAUAUAAUCAUCGAGCUGAAUAUCAUAUUAUUGGUGGUAUGACAACACAUGGAACGAUUGCAAGUAAAUUUUCCAAAAACGAUGCACAUCGUCAUUUUUUUACAUUUAUUCGUCAAAAUAUGAAAUAA